AUGGAGAACAUGAUGCACAGGUUGGAUCUGACACCUGGCACUCCUAAGGACGUCCUCCAGAACUCCACGCCCAAACUUACUACGAAGGCUACUUUCCUUUCCUUGCCAGCAGAACUCCGCAACAAGGUCUACGAGCUGUACUUCGACGGCAUCGACGACCGCAUCAGAAGCUCCUGGAUCCGCAGCGACGACGGCAGCUUCUGCUUCUCCAUGCGCGACUUUGAAAUCUUCCUAGCGAGCCGACAGGUCAACGCCGAAUCCGCAUCCUGGUUCUGGCACAAGCACCAGCAUUACUUCCGCGGUGCAAAGUUCGUGUGGAGCACGUCUAUCCGUUCCAUCGCAGCGGCGUGGAACCGGCACAGCCGUGCCUUCGCGGAAGAACCGGAGAUCAUGUACAACCUCGACGCGGAUUCAUGGUAUGGAUACCACGGCCCGCGCCAUACAGCAAAGGUGAAUGAUCUCAUGGAUCUCCUUGAGAGAAGUCGCGCUUCGUAUGAUGAGGCUGGGGAGCGGCUUGUUGCUUUCACUGGGAGACAUGAUGUGGUGGAGAGUAUGCGUCUACCAGUUCAGGAGUCCGAGGUAGAUUGCGAAGGCGAUGACGGGUCUGUAGGGCGUGGAUUUGGUCCUUGGUGUCGACAGCUGCGCGUCCAGUGCAAUUUGGAGCCUUAUAAGGUUCGGUUCUUGGAGUUUUACGCUUCUGAUGGGGCAAAGGCAUAUAAAUUUCGACUGCGGUUCUGUCUUAAGAACCAGGCUGUGUGGUUGAGUGGGCCGUUGUCGAGGUUGGAUUGGGCGUUGAUGGCAGAGGAUGCCGUGCAGGGAAGGAGACGGCGGCGAUUCAUCGGAGGAUUGUGA